AUGAAGUGUCCAAUGAUCUUUUCUCUCGCAGCCUUGUGCCUGCUCGGCCUCACAAGUCAUGCUUCCGCACAAAGGCAUCGAAUGAUCAAGCUCAGUAGCCGCCAGAAUCAACAAUACCACCAUCCUGUUCCUGUUGUCUCAGACCCAGCUGCACGACACGAAGCAAAGGGUGCCUCAUCUUCCUCCUCUUGGUUCUAUUCGUCCUCGCACACCUCCUCUUCUCCCCCUUCUAUUGCCGAUCCCAGCCUGUCGCUUACUGUUGACUCAGACGCCGAUUUCUCCGUCGAACACGAAGAAUCCAUGCGCUUGUUCAUGCUUAAAAAGGCCGAAUCCGUCAUCGCCUCUCACCUUGGCACCUCAUUCUCGUCCUCGGAAGUCGACUCUAUCCUCUCGGGCUCCAUUCCGCCCCUCCACCCAGGCUCACUCGAGAAUGUCACUUGGACCAUGGAUAUGUUCGAAUCUGGAAACGUGCUUCCCACCGUUUCUUCCCAUACCGAGUCGAAACCUGUGCUUGGUGGUGGUGCGCUUCAUCUUCUUUCCAUCUCUUCUGAUCAUGGGGCUAGCCCCGACGUAAAGUCGCAAGGUGAUGUUAGGGACUUCAACAACGACGGAGUAGUAUCAAUCGACGAAUUUCUCGAUUCAUUCUUCCAUGCAGAUGGAGUGAAGGAUGUCUUUACUCAACUUGAAGCCAAAACGAAACAGCACCUGGGUAAGCAGGGAAAGAAGGAGAUCAUCAAGAAAACAGCUCCAGUGUUGCACAAAACGAUUGAAAAGGUUGCUUCGCACAGAGGAUGGGGUGUACAGGAUGCGAGGUUCGCCUCGAUCCAUAUCGAGGAUGAAGGACAGCAAGCAAAUGCGGCAAAGGGUGCUUUCCAGGAUUACAACACGUUUGUCAAGACGAUGCGAAAUGCACUGGUCACACCGGUAGAUGCUGCAAAGGACGAAGUAAAGGAACAGAAGGAGACUCCUAGAACUGACCCUGCUAACAAGGCUUAG